ACAGGGUAUGAGACGAUUCUUGCAGGGAAGUUAGACCAAGUAAACCAUGGACAAGGCUGAUCGAAAAAAUCCUGCGGGAGAGACCUGAUAUCAAUAGAUCACGAACUCAGCGGGUGGACGAAAAUAAUUCAAGUGGAAAAAUAGGGACACGAAAGAAAAAAUUGCGGGUAGGGAAAUGGAAGAUUCCAGUGUGCUGCGGCGUCGGCAACCACGGCGCAGAGUGCGCGUGAGCGAGGAAAGUGACGGCGCCGGGAAGGGAGGAGAUACGAAUGCAUGGAUGGGUUACCCGCAAAGACUGCGACGGGCAGGAUUAGGGGAUCGGAAUGAGGAGGAGGAGGAG